AAUGUUAAAUUGGAUGAAAUGAUAUUGGCAGAUUUUAAAAUGAUGGAAUACGAGAAACUUGAAAAACUCAUUAAAGAAUUAAGCGAUAAUAUAACUGACAAGACGGAUUAUGAAAAGAAAUUAUUUAAUAAAAUUAAUAAAAUAAUCAAUUGUGCAGAAACUCAAUCAGAAAAUAUCAGAACUGAUUAUAACAAAGAAUUUCAAUUAUUAAGAUGCUUAAUUAUCAUGAGUGACACAUUUAAGAUUGACCACAAAGUUAUUAAAAAAAUAAAAUUUUUUGCUAAUAAAGCAUUAGAGAAAAUGACUCUAAGAAUAAAGCCUCAUAGCCAUAAGGAAAUUGCUGUGUUGUCAAUGAAAAUUUUUUAUAGUGUCAAAUCAAGAAUACAACAUGACAAUCUUGAUAAAUUAAACGCAUUAAUUUGCGAAAUUCUCUUUUAUAUUGAAUUUGGAACAAGUGACAUAGAAUGGAUUAAGAAAUUAAGAGAAAUGUUAAAUGAAAAAGGUUCGCGUCCUACACGUAAACAAAGGAAGACUUAUAAUGUAGAAAAUGUAGAAAGUGUAGAAAAAUAUAAUAACCAACUUGCACUAAAAAUAUUUGAACUAAAAAAUAUUUUAAGCAAAAACGCAUUGAAUAAUGAAUUUAUUAAAAAAUUACCUUUCUAUAAAAGUAAUAAAAAAUUGCAAGCAGUAGUAGAAAUGCUUGUUCUGGAUAUAAUGUCAAUUUUAGAUAUCUUAAAGCAUAACUUAAUAAAGCAAAAUAGUCUACUGCUUUUAGAUGCUAACACUCCUUUAUUAAUUGGAAAAUGUUUACGUAAUCAUUUAGCUCAUAAUAAUGCCUUAGCUGAUGUACUGUUAACUGAUCCUUCAAUAGCAGUUAUUUUGAACGCUAAAAAGCUUACUGAAGAAAAUAUAAAAAGCAAAGAAGUAAUUGAUGAGGAAGAUAUUAAAAGCAAAGAAAACAUUGGCGAGUUAGUAACCAAAAAUUCUUUCAAUUUGGGAGAGAAAUACUCUCAAGACUUAGAGACCAUUACUAAUCAGGAAAGAAUGUUUGCUGCUUUGAAAGAAGGAAAGCCAGACAACUUCAAGGAUUGUCUCAAAAAAGGUGCAGAUAUUAAUGCUAGAAGUAUUAAUUCAUGGACCACGUUACAUUUUGCUGCUAAGGGAUCCAGUCCUGAAGUUAUAAAACUUAUUCUUGAUCAAAAUUUAAACGUUAAUGUGAAAGAUAUUAAUGGUCAAAGCCCAUUACAUAUUGUUGCUGAGCAUGGAAGGGAAAAUGUUGUAGAAUUUUUUAUAAAAGAAGGUUCAUGUAUUGAUGAUUUAGAUAAUAGUUGCAAAACGCCACUACAUGUCACUGCUCAAAAAGGUCACAAGGAUAUUGUUGAAAUUUUAUUAAAAAAUAAAGCUAAUAUUAUUGCUCAAGAUAAAAUUGGUUUUUCACCUUUACACCAUGCAAUAGUGAAUAAUCAUAUUGAUGUUGCUGAGAUUCUAUUGAAAAAAUAUGUAAACGUUAAUAUUAAUGAAACUAUAAGUUGGUAUCUUACCCCGUUGCAUGCAGUUGCAGAGAGGGGUCAUCUAGAGUUAGUUAAUUUCUUGCUUCAAAAUAAUGCAGAUGUAAACGUUAGAGAUGAUGAAGAUUGCACACCGUUACAUUUAGUCGCAUUAAAUGGCCAUUUGGAAGUAGUACGUGCUUUAAUCCUAAACGGAGCUAAUGUUAACGCUAGAAGCAUAAGUGGUGUUACACCAUUACACUGUGCAGUAGUAAACGAUCAUGAGAAGAUAGUUAAUAUUUUAUUGAAGCAUGGAGCUAAUGUUAAUGUUGUUGACAAAAUCAAUAAUAAUACACCUUUGCAUUAUGCAGCAAAUAAUGGGCACGAGAGAAUAAUUAAGACUCUACUAAAAAAUAAAGCCAACGCUAAUAUUGCCACUGUUGCAAGUAAUGAAAGUGUGACUCCAUUGCAUCUUGCUGCCCAGAAUGGUCAUCUAGGAAUAGUUGUUGCUCUACUUAACUAUGAUGUUGACAUUCAUGCUAAAGCUCAAAAUAACGUUACACCAUUAUAUUGUGCAGCAAAAAAUGGUCAUAAGAAAAUUUCUGAACUUUUAAUAGAAAAAAGAGCAGAUACUAAUGCAAAAACUAAUAAUAAUUUAACACCACUACAUGUAACUGCUCUGAACGGUCACGAAGACAUUAUUAACCUUCUAAUAGAAAAUAAAGCUGAGGUUGAUGCAAUAACAGAUGACGGUAAUACACCGUUACAUCUAGCUGCUCUAAACGGCCACAAAAAUAUUGUUGAUCUUUUAAUAAAAAAUAAAGCUGAAAUAGAGGCUAAAACUUAUCACGGUAUUACACCAUUGCAUUUAGCUGCUCUAAACGGUCAAGAAGAUGCCAUUGUUUCUCUAAUAAAAAAUAAAGCUGAAAUAGAGGCUAAAACUUAUGACGGUAUUACACCAUUGCAUCUAGCUGCUCUAAACGCUCACGGAGAUGCCAUUGUUUUUCUAAUAAAAAAUAAAGCUGAAGUAAAUACUAGAACUAUUAAAGGUUUUACACCGUUACACAUUGCUGUUGCAGAAGGCCACAAAGACAUUGUUAAUCUUCUAAUAAAAUAUAAAGCCCACAUUGAUGUAAGAAAUAAUGCAGAUAGUACACCAUUACAUACAGCCGUAAAAGCAGGUCAUGAAGAAAUCGUUGAGAUUUUGGUAACAAAGGGAGCCGAUGUUAAUGUUAAGAGCAACAACAUGACACCAUUGUUUUCUGCUAUAAAAUAUAAUCAAAAAGAAAUUGUUAAAGUUCUUAUAUCAAAUGGAGUUAAAGUUAAUGGAGACGACAUUGAACUUUUAUCACCAGCAGUACUUGCUGGAUAUACAGAUAUUGUAGAAAUUUUGCUAGACAAUAAAGUCGAUGUUGGUAUAAAAGACCCAAAAAAUGUUGCACCAUUACACUUGGCUGCUACUAAAGGUCACAAGAAUGUAGUAAAAGUUCUGUUAACAAAAGGAGCUGAUGUUGAUGCCAUAACUAUUAAUAACCUAACACCAUUAUAUUUUGCAGCACAAAAAGGUUAUCAGGAAAUUGUUGAGAUUUUAAUAACAGGUGGAGCUAAUGUUAAUGUUAAAUCUGACGAAAAUGUUACACCAUUACAUAUAGCUGCAACCUAUGGUCAUGGUACGGUUGUAAAACUUUUAUUACAUAAAAAAGCAAAUAUUAAUGUUAAGGAUAAUAAGAACAAAACACCUCUAGAAUUAGCAGUGGCACAUGGUCAUUUAGAAGUGGUUAAAAUGUUACUACUGCAGGACUACGAAAAAAUAGAUAUAAAUGCUAAAAGUAAUAAUGAAUGGACGAUAUUGCAUAUUGCUUCACAAAAACAUAACUUAGAGAUGAUAAAGUAUCUAAUAGAUAAAGGAUCUGAUGUUAAUGCUAAAAAUGCCUCUGGUUUAAAACCUGUACAUAUUGCAGCGAGAGAAGGUUAUAAAUUAAGAAAUGUAGAGUUUUUCCUUAGUAAGGGGUUAAGUAUUUAUGAACUUGAUUUAGCUUAUAAGACAUUAUUACAUUAUGCUGCAGAAAAUGGUCAAUUAGAAGUUGCGAAGUAUUUGAUAGCACAAGGCGCUGACGUUAAUGCUAAAGAUGUUAAUGGCUUAAUUCCUAUGCAUAUUGCUGCUAAUCACGGUUAUAAAGAUUUUAUUAAAGUUUUAUUACAAAAUGGAGCAGUUUAUAACGCUGUUGACCAUUCUUAUAGAAAACCACUAGAAAUGUCUAAUGACGAAAACGUUAUCAAUCUAUUAACAUUCACUAAGAAUUUGUUUAAGGCUGUAAACCGUAAUGGUUCUUCAAAAGUUGAGCAUUACAUUAAAAAAGGAGCGAUCGUUAACGGCAAAAAUGCUAAAGGAGCAUCAUUAUUGCAUUAUGCUGCGUGGAAAGGCUAUGAUAGGAUUAUCAAUAUUCUGUUACAAAAUAAAGCUGAUCCUAAUGCAGUUGAUAAGAAGGGAUUUACCCCUCUACAUUAUGCUGCUAAGUUCUGUCGUUUAAAAGUUGUAAAGCUCUUAUUAUCUAAUGGUGCAAUAUAUAAUACAGUUUCUGAUGAUGGUAAAACACCGUCAGAUUUUAGUGUAGAUAAAAGUAUUACUCGCUUAUUUCAAUUACUGCGUGACUCAUUUGAAAAUAUUAAAAAUAAUGAUUCUCAAGUUAUUAAUGAUCUUAACAAGAUAAAGGAUAUUGAUACAGUAAAAGCAAUAAUGAAUGCUUGCGAUAGAGAAAACAAAACGCUAGUAGUUGCUGCAGUGCAUAGUAACUUUUCAAAAGUCAAACAGUUAAAAGAGGUAUCACAAGGUGAUGUAUCCGCUCAGAUUAAUGUAGGUUUAAACCUUUUUUAUCAAGACGAUUAUCAAAGGGCCUUACGUAUUUUCAAAAGCGUAUUUGAAAAAAGAAAAGAUAUACUAGGAUCAGAUAAUCCUGGCACUUUAGAUAUUCAGACAUACAUAGCUAGAGUGUUAUGUGUACAAGGGGCUUAUCAAGAAGCUUUAAAUACAUUUAAAGAAAUUUUCCAGAAACAGAAAGAAAUACUGGGUUUAAAUGACAAGAAUACUUUAAGUACAGGGAGUACAAUUGCUUUAGUGCUGCAUGGCCAAGGAAGGAAUGAAGAAACUUUUAAUAUUUUUCAAGAAGUUUGUCCAAAGCAAGAAGAAAUAUUAGAACUAAAUGAUUCAAAUAAUUUAGCCACUUACUUUUGCAUGGCACUAUUAUUAGAUAAACAAGGUAAACACGAAAAAGCGUUAAAUAUUUGUAGAACAGUUUUUGAAAAAACAAAAAAAAUAUUAGGUGUAAAUAACCCAACAGUUUUGCUUGCUCAAAGUAAUAUUGCGGAGGUACUGGCUCACCAGGGUAAGUAUGAAGAGGCAUUGAAAAUUUAUGAAGAGGUUUUCGAGAAGAAGAAAGUGGUUUUAGGUACUGAGCGUAUGGGUACUUUGGAGACGUUACAUAACAUUGCUAAAAUAUUCGUCAAGCAAAAAAAAUUUUAUGAAGCCAUGAAGACCUUUCAAGAGAUUUGGAAUAUCCAGAAAAAUGUUUUAGGAACAAAUAACCCUGAUACUCUGCUUACUCAAUACAACAUUGCAAAUGUACUUUUUUUCCAAGGUAAAGGGAUUAGUGCACUUAAAGCCUAUGGAGAAUGUUUUGAUCAAAUUAACACUGCUUUUGGACCAAAUCAUCCCAUUGUUUUGGAUAUUUUAAACAAGGUAAAAGAUAUUAAAUAUAUAUUAAAGUCUACAGGCUACGAACCGCAAGAUAUUCUACAUCUGCAGAAAGACAUUAACAUUGCUGCUAGUUAUGGUGAUAUACAAAAGCUGUUCAGCGCUUAUUAAAAGAUGGAGCUUAUGCCAAAUGAUAAAGACAUUGAUGGAAGAACAACGUUACACUACGCUGUUAGUAAGAACAGGCAAGUGUUGUGAACAUCUUACUAAAAAAUGGAGCUGAUGUUACUCAAGUUACUAAUAAAGGUGAUUCACCAUUACACACUGCUACUUCUAAAAGUUAUAAAGAAAUUGUUGAA